UACAGUCGUGUCUCCAUGACAAUCUUCGUUGAAAGACCACAUCACAGUAAUACACUCAGCUAAUCCUCUGCUAUUAUGAUAGGUGCCCUUCACACCAGGCAGACAAAAGAAAACUUUUCUAAUGCUAAGUGGGCUGUCCUGUUUCGCUCUGUGCGUUAGCCUUGUAAACGUAUAAUAAUGUCAACUCUUGAACAGUGAUUGACUGGUAUUAUCAUUGGAAUAUUACUGAAAGUGGUGAUCCAGUGCCGGCUAUUUGCUCGAUAAGUUCCGUAGAUAAACUGAAAACAUUUGAAAAGCUACGAAGAGGUUUCCUUGGAGCCAUGACUUCGAAAAGCAGAAAAAGGUCAGUGACUUUGAAUUCACUGGAUCCCGCAUUUUUCCGCCAAGAUCGGCACAAGGAAAGACUUCAAACUUCCAGUAUCAAUUCUCUUGCUUCUGGAAUCGCGUUUUUAUCAAAUGGAUCUAGACCCCGUUCGUGUACAUGGCACGGAAAUGAAGACCAAAGUGCUCCAAUUAUUUCAGGAGCAUCAAACAACAAUAACAACAAUAAUAACGACGAUAGCAUCGCUGAUGUAAGUGACUUCAAUCAUGAAUGCGAAUUCGAAAUUAAUGAACUAUUACGGCAGAUCAUUACAGAAGAACUCGAAAAUGAACUAAGAGGAAAAAACUAUGAUAGUCCUAGCUGCGUCAAGCAGGCAGCGAAGAUAAGUCAGGGUGUGGAAGUUCGAGUAAAGAGCAUCUCAAAGACAAACACCAAAGUGGUUGCUGUCGUUUUUAUUGGCGAGAUUCGCGACCAAGGGAUCGAAAUAACGAGUCAAUGCUUGUGGGAUCCAUUGACUGAUAGUUUUGCUACUGCAAGCUUUCGUAAUCAUUCUCUUUUUGCUGUUUGUACUGUGUUUACGGUUUCUUAAGCCCACCGGAAAAAAAAAAUUUUCUUUGAAUUAUCUGGGAUGGUAAUAAUCUUCUGUGCCCCUAAGGUAAAAAGAGUUCCUGAUAAUUUUGAUCAUGAAGUGGCAAGCUUAUUCUGGAGUCAUGCUUACAUUAUUAUACUGUGCCAAAUGUUGGCAAUGAUUCGAAGAUAAACGAUCUGUACAAGACUCCAGGUGAUGUACAGUUUUAUUAAAAGGAAUUCACUCAACUUUGACCUCGUCUUUCACAAUAUAGACAACAAUCUUUUAGUACGCCAAGAAGGUAACGUUAAUUACCCCUGCAGAACUGAAUAAGAAUACAAUUAUGUAAGAUAUAAGCAAGAUAGAAUAUUCUGAGCUUGACCUUCAUAGAUCAACCAACAGCAAAACUCGCACAAUUCAAUGACAAACUUCUUGUCAACUUUUUUUAUGGGUAUUUUUUGUGUAUGGAUAUUUUACAUAACGUUUUAUAGCAAUCUAGGUUUUAUCUAGAAUCUUAAAGCAUAAUUGAAUAACUAAAAUAUCUUAAAUAGUUUCAACGAUAAAAGUUGUCUUUGAAAAGUUACAGGACUUGAUAAUUUUGGUGAAAAAAAAAAAAAAUCUGAUUUCAAAACAGCUUUUGCAGAACAGAAUAGGGUUAGAUGUCCCAAAUUUCAGUGGCUUAAAUCAUUGUAGGGCAGCAAGCAAGGAGUGAAUGAAAGAUUAACUUAUAGUUACACUAACUUAUUUUAGAAAAAACCUCGAAAAAACAAAGUGCAAUAUGUUAAGAUAUGUUGUCUUUGUGACUUGCAUUCCGGAUUGUGAGCUAUAAAAACGCUUUAUUUUCA